AUGAUUAUCUCCCAGAAAUGGCUUGCGUUCAUAUUCUUAAUGCUGCCACCGACAAUCGUGUCGGCGCUGAGUUACUUUAUAGCUCAAUACACGAUUAUAUCAGCAUUAAGCAUUGGAAUUCUAUCAAGCUUUGCGUUUUGUGAUGUCUGGUAUUUCUUAAGACUUGGAUUUGAUACACUCAAGCUACCACGACAUGAAUCUCGCAAACAUUUAUUUGCCAUUAGUAAAGUUUAUGGUCGUGUUGGACUUAUGGAUAUUGAUCGGAAUGGACAUUAUAACAACGCACGUUUUCUACGUGAAUGUGGAUUUGGACGUCGCAACUUGUGGCAGCACAAUGGCAUUUGGAGGAUUAUUACUGCAGCAAAUGGAAAUCUUGUUGUAGGUUCGCAAAGUGUACGUUAUCGACGCGAACUGUCCCUUGGACAAGCUUAUAUAAUGGAGACGCGACUUAUCUGUUGGGACAAGCGUGCUUUUUACGUAGAGCACCGCUUUGUAACCAAGAACAUCAAAGGUGACUUUGUAAAUGCCAUUGUUUUCGUGAAAAACACAGUCUUAGGUGCGCUUACUCCGAUGCAAAUCGUUGCUAAGCUGCCUGCUUUACAGUCGGAUGAAAAUGUUAACCCACCUAUGCGUGCUGACAUCGUAAAUUGGAUCGCUAGCAAUGAAGCUUCCAGUCAGAUACUUCGAGCUGAGGCCGCUGAUUGA